AUGCUCCGCUGGAUUGUGAAGGAAGUGGAGAGCCCGUAUGGCUCUGUUGCCACCAUGCACUGGGCGGUAGAUGACAGUAGUGAUGAUGAUAAUAAUAAUAAUAAUCACAGAAGUGAUGACAUCUCAACAAGCAAGUCCAAUGAUGAUACAGAUGAAGUUCAACUUCAGGUGCAACUAGAAACUGCUGAAGAUCAGCUUGGUGCGGUAUUGUGGAAUAGUAACACAGUGGCAUUACGUUAUUUACAACAACAUGUCCUUUGCGAAAGGACAGACACUUGUUGUAUUGUGGAACUUGGCGCUGGUGUUGGAUGUCUUGGAAUUGCGCUGGCAAUGGCAGGUGCACGUGUUGCCAUUACAGACAUAAAGGAACUCGUGCCACUAAUGCAAAAGAAUAUUGAGUUAAACGCCGCGAGAAUUCAUUCAAAGAGUAAUGGAAAAGGCUCUUGUACAGCAAUUGCAUGGCGUUGGGGUCCAGCCCAGAUGCCAAAGAAGAAAAAGAAUCAGAAACAAAAGCAGAAAUGCAAGGAACAACAACAGGAAGAAAUUAAAAAAGGAAAAGAAGCCAAUGUUAGUGGUAGUGAAGGAAUGAGCACAACGCCGUUUGGCUCACCCUCACCAUCAUUUCUGGCACUGCAGGAAGUGAUGGACCACGUUGAUUAUGUUAUUCUCUGCGAUGCCCUCUACGGUAAUCCGAAAGACUGGCCAUUUCUGUUAUUCACAUUGACAGAGAUCCUUGUCGCAAAUCCGUCUUGUGAAGUAAUUAAUUUUUGUGAACAGCGUGUGAAUGAUGUGGAAGGAGAUUUUCUGCGACUCUUGGAACAGGAAAACGCCAAGAGAGCUCCAUUUACUGAUGUGGGAAAUAAUAAUGAUAAUGAUAAUGAUGGUGAAAGUAUGGAGAUGGCGCUAACGCGAAUGCGUGGACGAUAUGUGUGGGAUACAACAACAGAAGUUGUGAAUGAAGGAGCAAGUGAUUUGGAUAUGACGGUGCGGGCCACACGUAUUCGAUGGGUUCCAAGGCAAAAGAAGCGUCCAGCUUCCUCUUUAUCGUCCUCAUCUUCUGAUGUUGCUCAUGAUGAUGAUGAUAAUAAUAAUAAUAAUAAUAAUAAUAAUAAUAAUAAUAAUAAUAAAUGA